AUGAUAUUGAUACUGAAAUCUGAUAUUCCCGCGCUAUUUCGACAUGCCCACCGAGUUCAAGGAAGCUCCUCAUCUAAAUCCUCAGUUCUUCACCUACCUCGAAGUCCAAGUGAUGCCCUAAGUUCAGCAGCACAACAUCAAAACAUCAAUGAUGCCAAACAGGAACUUGCAAUGGGUUUGGACUCAACAUGCGAGUUUCGGAAUUCGUUUGAGCUAGUUGUAUUUUCAUAA